AUGGCGAUGACGAUUGAAGGAGGAGGUGGAGGGACAUUGUCGGAGAUCUACCAGAGCGCGAAGAAACUGCUACUGAAAGCUCGAGACGGGAUCGAGAGAGUGGAGCGGCUCGAGAGCUCUACCUCUAAUGGAGGUUUGGAUUCUCCCGAGCUUUCCUUCGCCGUCAAGAAAGAUAUCUCUCAGAUCCAAUCCCUCUGCGCCGAGAUGGAUCGUCUCUGGCGCUCUAUAGCUUCCAAACCUCAACGCGAUCUAUGGAAAAGAAAGGUGGAACAAGUAGCAGAAGAAGCUGAAUCAUUGAAAGAAAGCCUAGAUAGAUACUUUGCGAGGAAUCAAAGAAGGAUGAAGGAGGCACAAGAAAGAGCAGAAUUGCUUGGGAGAGCGAACGGGGAGUCUUCUCAUGUGUUGAGAAUAUUUGAUGAGGAAGCACAAGCAAUGCAAUCAGUCCAAAACUCUAAACGGAUGCUGGAAGAUUCUUUGUCCACAGGAUCAGCUAUCCUUACAAAAUAUUCAGAACAAAGAGAACGCUUGAAGAGGGCACAACGGAAAGCUUUGGAUGUGCUGAACACGGUAGGGCUCUCAAACUCUGUGUUGAGGCUGAUUGAAAGACGGAACCGAGUGGAUACGUGGAUCAAGUACGUUGGUAUGGGCGUUACUAUCAUCAUCUUGUAUUUCUUCAUCUCUUGGAGAGGUUGA